AUGUCGCCCUGCAACACCACGCUCGAAGACGCACACAUCGUCGAAGACCCCCUAUGGCACGACUUCACCUUCCACCACUUCGGCCUCCUUCUCUGCGCCAUCUUCGGCCUGAUCUCCGUGAUAAUCUCCCUUUGGCUAAUCGCCAUGCAUGCCCUGCACUACCUGCGCCCGAACGAACAAAAACACAUCAUCCGCAUCCUCUUCAUGAUCCCCGUCUACAGCGUCGUCAGCUUCCUGAGCUACAUGUUCUAUCGCAAAGCGGUCUACUUCGAGGUCCUGCGGGACUGCUACGAGGCGUUUGCGAUUUCGAGUUUCUUUAGCUUGCUGUGCUAUUAUAUCGCGCCGGACUUGCAUGAGCAGAAGGAGUAUUUUCGCGGGAUUCAGCCGAAGAAUUGGUUUUUGGGGGUUUUUUGGUUGCAGAAGUGUACCGGUGGGGAGAAUAAGGGGCCUUUUAGGAAGCCGAGGAGUGGGUUGACGUGGUUCAAUGUCAUUUGGGCUGGCAUCUUCCAAUACUGCUUCGUUCGCGUCUUCUUCACGAUCGUGUCGGUUAUCUCCGAGGCCUUUGGACGGUACUGCGAGGCGUCGCUGAGCCCCGAGUAUGCGCAUAUCUGGGUGCUGGCAUUUGAGUGUGUGUCCGUGACGGUGGCCAUGUUCAUGGUCAUUCAGUUCUACAUCCAGCUCAAGGAUGACUUGGCCGAGCACAAGCCGUUCCUGAAGGUGCUGAGCAUCAAGCUGGUGAUUUUCUUUUCGUUCUGGCAGACUAUUGUUAUAUCUUUCCUCUCCUCUGGCUCAGGACCUCUUCAGCCGACUAAGAAGCUGGCAUAUCAAGACAUCAAGAUUGGCAUUCCAUCGGUCUUGCUGUGCAUAGAGAUGGCUGUGUUCUCCGUCAUGCAUAUCUUCGCCUACCCCUGGAAACCCUACAGCGUCAAGCACAUGUCGACCGAUCCAUUAAUGGCCCCCGGCUCCGGCUACAGCGGAGGCGCACCGAGAUAUCAAGGAGGCCGACUCGGAAUCAAGGCCAUCCUAGACGCCGCGAACCCCUGGGACAUCAUCAAAGCCCUGGCGCGAGGCUUCAGAUGGAUGUUCGUGGGAGCGAAGCACAGACACCAAGACAUCAGCUACCAACCCACGAAGCUAAACGCAGACAACACAAGCUACAGCGAACCAACAUACGCCGGCACAGGCGAGCAAGCGACAGAACUGCACGACAAGCGCGGACGCUCAGACACCGUCGGCGGAGAAGGCUCCUACGACGAUAGAGCGGGUCUGCUCAGCCACUCGCAAAUCCCCGGCCAAGCCCCCAGCAGCAGCCCCUACCGCGCUUACGAAGACGACAUAGGCGGCGGCGGAGACCUAGGCACGUCCCUCCACCGCCCACCGCGCGCCGCCUCCCCACCCCUCUCGCACGGCGAGAACGUCUCCUCCACGAAAUUCUCCGACUUCGACGCCGAGGACACGGGCUAUCAUCCUGGCAUGGGCCCGCCGCCCGGCUCGAAUAUCCCCACCGCGCCGAGCGGGAGCGUGCAUCCGGCGUAUCGGGGGCAGGCGCCGCCGCAGGGAGGGUGGAAUGUUUGGGGUGGGGUGCAUAGUGGGAGUAGUAGUAGUGGGCAUUUGGGGAGUGGGGAUGGGAGUGAUGCGGAUAGUAUAGGACGGCCGCCGACGUAUAGGAGUUAUGAUCCGCAUGGGUGA